UUCAUUGUUCCUGUCGAGCGAGGGAAAUGGAAAGAUUAUACAAUUUAAAAUGGCAAAAAUGAGUGAAAUUUUUACUAUUUAACUUUGCUAGGACAUGUAGUUCGAGUGAUGUUUACGCGGACAGAUUCCUGUAGUCACAAGAAACCAUAGAAAUCAAAACUGAUCGGGAGGGAAACGAUGAUUUAUCGCCAAGGGUUUCUUCUAUUGUUGGUCCUCGCAGUUCCGUUGCUAGCUGACUACCUUCAACAAUGCCUGAAGACGCCGAUAGAGGAGAACGUCACGUUGAAGGGAGGAAUUGGAGCUGGAACGUUCAAGAAGAUGGGAAAGGUGACCGAAAUGAAAUCAUGUAUUCAGUUAUGCUGCAAAGAACUGUCGUGCGACGUCGCCUUUAUGUCCGCGCAGAAUUGCUACGCUGUAGAAUGCGUCAGCGAUGACGAAUGUGAAUCGACAACAACGGAUACAUCAGACGUACAAGUUUUGAUUGCGCAUGUCAAAAAGAGGGCGAAGAAAUCAUCAAACGCUACGCUGGACGUUUUAGCAAAUCCUGGACUUUUGGCAAAGAAGAGCCCUCUUGCAACCGGAGCUAAUCCUGCGAUGGCUGGAAUGGCCGGACAAUGUAAGGCCGGGAAAAUAUACAAAGAGGUUACUCUGCGAGGAGGGAUAAACGCAGGUACCUACAAGGACAUGGGGAUGGUCAGUGGGAUGCCUGAAUGUCAAAAGAAAUGUUGCGGGUUUUCAGCCUGCGAUAUUGCCUUCCUUUUGGGCGGGCGAUGCUAUCUGGUCGGCUGCGCUGAUGAAAAGAGUUGUCAGAUGAAUAAGGCAAAGCCCUCAGCCUACGCUCCCACGAUAUCAUACGUCACAAGGUGGAAUACUGAAGGAGUGAAGCAUACAGUUCAUUUCGAAAGCCCAAGUGGUGGCACUCACUUUAGAUGUCCAAGGAUCACACCUUUGACGAAGGUCACGCUCAAGGGCGGUCUGAAAGCGGGCGACUUCACUGAUGUAGGAAAAGUUGGUAAACUAACAGACUGCUAUGACAUCUGUUGUCGAAGUGCGAAAUGUGACCUCGCAUUCAUGUUGGGACAGAAUUGCUUCAAUGUUAAAUGCUACAAUCAGGAUCUGUGUACAACGAUCCCCGCUCAGCCGAGCAUAUUCAACCCUCAGAUCGCAUACAUAACUUCUAGAGAGAAAAUAUCGUUUGACACAGAAAUGCAAGACAAAAUUCAGGGAAACAACGUGCAGACAGUAACGCACGUGACUUGUCCGAAGGGACACGUGGUAAACAAGGUAACACUCUCCGGGGGUUUGAACGCCGGGAGGUAUAGAGACCACGGGAAGGUGAAGGACAUUCAACAAUGUCGACGUAUUUGUUGCGAAAUUCCAAAAUGCAAUGUCGCGUUCAUGAUCUCGGAGAAUUGUUUCUCAGUGGAGUGCAAGACAGAACCCGGAUGUCGGACCCAGGCUGCCGUCUCGUCGCAAUACCAUCCGCGAAUUUCCUACGUCAGAUUCAUCGGGUCUUCGAACAUCAUAGGAGUAUUCAAUGACAUGAAUGAAACCGUCAAAAACUCAACAAAAAGUUUGGACGACUUGUUGAGUGCCGGGGCAGCUAAACAACUGGUCAAAUCCAAAACAACGCCGAAUCCACAGGGGGAAAACGAAGAUGAUAUGCCUGUAGUUCCUCCGCCGAAGAAAAAGCCUGGUAAACAAAAUACAAAAGCCACCGAAAAACCACAAAAAACAAAUAUCCUUCUGAUGAAUGGAGACACGACAGAUCUAGCUUCUGCUUUACAAAGUGCCAAGACUACCACACCAAAGCCACGUAACAACAAUACACUUUUGACAAGCCAGUUGAAGAAUGCAAAAGCAGGUCAAGCAAUGUCACUUCAAAUGGUAAAUGGUGAACUAAAACUAACCUCGACUCAUGGCGAAAAAUCCCACGGCAAGGAAGAUAACAAAGAUCAGCCAACUUCAAAUGAAAAACAGGAAGCAAAGGGCACCAAAGAAACUGAAAAGAAGUCAGGAAGUUGCAAGGCUGUGAAGCUGAUGAAAGAUGUCACAUUAUCCGGGGGUAAAAGCGCUGGAAAAUUCACAGAACACGGCCAAGUUGACUCGAUGGACAAAUGCGUUGAAUUCUGUUGCAAAGACAAGAAAUGCAACAUGGUGUUAUUACUAGGAAAAGCCUGCUAUUCCGUAGCAUGCAAAAACAAGAAAUCAUGCGGGACUUCGCCAGCUCCACCGUCAAAUUUCGUUCCGAAACUUGCCAUUGUGCGCCCGGUAGAGGAAAAUGACAAAAAAGUUGAACGUCUUAAAAUUCCCGAAACGCCCAAAAGCCUUAAAUGCAACUUCAAGCCGACUACCAACGAUAAAAAACUAACGAAAGGCAAAGAAGCAGGAACAUUUAAAUUGGUAAAGCAUAUCACCUCAAUGGGAGAUUGCAUGAAAAAAUGUUGCGACCAAACCAUUUGCGACCUGGCGUACUUGGAGAAUGGAAAGUGUUUUACCGUCACGUGCAAGACACCAGACAGCUGCGCCACAACUGUGGCUAAGGAUAAUGAGAAAUCACCACUGAUUGCCUUCACAACUCCUGUGGAGACGCCUUCUAGCAAAGAAAUCACCUCAAAUGCUGAAGAAAACGAAGCUACACCCAGCAGGGAUCCUCGCUGCAAAACCUCUAAAAUUAUCCGCAACAGCAAAUUAACCGGAGCCAAAUUAACAGACAUGGGUACAGUAGAUCACUACAGUACAUGUAUCACUCAAUGUUGCCGUAAAGAAAGCUGCGACGCUGCUUACAUGGAAGAUCAGAAAUGCUACGCGGUUCAAUGUCAAGAUUUGGAAUGUCAGAAAUAUCGAAAGCCUGCAAAUAAAGAUGAAAACACGUUUAUUGCAUUCAUGCACAGAACUGUUGAUGACGCAGAGAAGGAAAGAGAUUGGGUUAUAGUGUAUGUCAUCGUGGGAUCUCUGGUCUGUGCAUCUGGUCUUAGUGGAAUCAUCUGGGCUUCCUGUAUUUGCGUCAAAAGGAAUCGUUUGAGGAACAAAAGAAGAUUGAUCGACGACGCAAGUGAAGAAGAAGAGGAAGAAAUGAUUCCAAAACAAUAUACAAGAUACAACAAUCCCGUACCCAGGAGAUACCGCUAGGUAAUGAAGAUGAAGACGAAUCUUUAGACAACAAAUAUAUGAAAUGAACAUCUAUGCUGGAACUCGUUUCAUGCUAUUAUCGGCAAAGAUAUCUACGAUCAUACCAGAAUUAUAUUAUAAAUACAAUGUACAGAUCUAGAAAACGAAAAAGCAUUCAGGAUGUUUUUUUAGGAGGAGAGAAUAAACUAAAACGACUUAUAUAAAUACACAAUCCACAAGAAUAUAUUAUUUAUUCAACUAUCAGGCUCAAGUAGUAUGGAAAGAACGAAUAGACGAAGGCUUCAAAGACGAAAGAUUUUACCGACAAGAUCACUAUAGGCUAAUAAAGUUUUUCAAUUUUAAUAGUCCAAGAGUCCAAACAUCUGUUUUUAAAUAUGAAAUUAAUACCGCUUCUC